AUGAUUCCCAAAUAUAAAAACAUGAUCACUGCAUAUAAGACAGUCUUCCUCGAGGAAGGCAUAAUGCGAGGAUUAUAUAGUGGUUAUUUUGCUGCAAUGUUGGGAUCCUUACCUAGUGCAGCUAUCUUUUUCGGUACGUACGAGUUCUGCAAGAGGAAGAUGAUUGAUGAGUAUGAAUUGAAUGAAACUAUGUCUCAUUUGACUUCCGGUUUUAUGGGUGAUUUCAUGUCGAGUUUUGUUUAUGUGCCUUCUGAAGUAUUGAAGACAAGAUUACAAUUACAAGGAAGGUUUAAUAACCCCUAUUUCCAAUCUGGAUAUAAUUAUAGAAAUUUAAAAAGUGCAAUCUCAAAGAUUAUACAAACGGAAGGUAUUCAUGCAUUAUUUUUCGGAUAUAAAGCUACUUUGGUUCGAGAUUUGCCAUUUAGUGCAUUACAAUUUGCAUUUUAUGAGAAAUUUAGAUACUAUGCCUUUGCCUUAGAGAAGAAGGAUAUCUUGCAUGAUAAUUUAUCACUUUCAAAUGAGCUAAUAACCGGUGCAUGUGCCGGUGGAUUGGCAGGUGUAAUAACGACGCCCAUGGAUGUCCUUAAGACAAGAUUACAAACUCAACUGGAGGUGCCUGAUACACAAGUAUUUACACCAAAUACGGCAAAGGCUGUAAACAAUACGAAUAACAAUAACAAUAGCAAUGGUAGGAAGCCUAAACAAGUUAUUUUAUCAAGAUCCAUUUUCCAAGGUCUUAGGUCAGUUUAUCAAUCAGAAGGUGUUAUUGGUUUGUUCAGCGGUGUGGGACCAAGAUUUGUGUGGACUAGUAUACAGAGUAGUAUAAUGCUAGUUCUUUACCAAAUGACAUUGAGAGUAUUAACCAAUUCAUUUGAUGAUGGAUUGCUCUAA